CGUAAAACAUAUUAUUCCUGUAGGAAUUAGCAUGAUUAAAACUUCAAACGCAUAUCUCUAUUUUUCAUUUGGUUAAAUGCACUACAUAUUUUUUUCAUACCAAAUUAAAUGCACAAGUGCAUACUCAAUCAUGAAAUACCAAUAUAUGAAAUCAAUUUUAUUGAAUGGUAAAUACUUGCAGUAAGGAAAAUGUAACCUUACAAAAAAAAGUUCUCCUGUUCAAAAUUUUAAUCUUGUAUAACUUUAGUGUUUGUGCUAAGUUUAUGCUUUCCAAAAAUUGUGUAUAAUGUUCAUCCAAUCUUAUAUGCAAACACCAUUUACAAAAGCGACACAUGCACUUUGCCAUAUGACUUCCAUCCUAUAUGCAAACACCAUUUACAAAAGCGAUACAUGCACUUUGCUAUGACUUAGUUGACCACACAAGGCACUUCAUGGACUUAGGUUCAUCAGUGAUAAAGAAAUACAUAUAGGUAUCCGAACUACCAGCCAAGAUUUCGACAGCAGCAACUUCAUUUGCUAUUUGAAAGGUUGCCCUGAGAUGACGCGGUACGGGAUGUUGUUAGAGCUUUUAUAGCGUAUCGUAGAGGAGCGGUAUUACAAGUCUAACUUUAAUUAGAUUGCGACUCUCUGAGAGUGCCAACACCAGUGAGGGAAUAUUUAAGAGACAAUCUGUCUCACCUGCAAGAGAAAACCUCAGGUCCCAACAUCGAACCCAGAAUUAACAGAGACAUCUUGCCUCAGCUUGCCUUGGGUUUGAACCCAGGUCCUCUAUCAUACAAAUCCAGCAUGGAACAAUCAAGCUAAGGGGUUAACUCAUUAGCUAGAGCUAGUCGGAGUGCCAUGUCAACCAUUCAGGAUGUUUAGCAAUGUCAAGUAAUGUGGAAGCAUAUGGUAUACAUGUACAUGUGAGCUUGCUCACUACUAGUAAUUCUCUCAUUUUUGUGAAUGAUGCAUUUUACAUUCGUAGUUGAAAUUUAAUCAGCAAUAAACAUCAUAUAAAACAACUCUUAUUUAUGUGAUUUGCAAAAAUGUUCUACAGUGCGUACAGAUGAUUGAUAUCUAGAACACAUAUCUGCACAGUCGUGGAUACCAGUAAAGCAUGUCUAAAGAUUCAGUCCUUGUAGGCAGCCAUUACAAAUCUUGUUUCUCCGUUUCCUAUACUUGAAUUUUUACAGGAAACUGUUGUGCAGUAGUUUUAUAUAGUACAAGGAUUAAUUGUUCAAAUAGUGUUUUAACAAUGGAGUCUCUGGUGAAACGUCGUCUACAUUCAGUAUACAAGGAAAAUUCUACUUCUGAGGAGACUGCUGAUGACACGGGGCAGUGUAUGACGAGGACUAUGUUGAAACAACUGAGCCUUGUCCUUCUGACCUUACAGAAUGCCCUCCUCAUUCUGGUCAUGCGCUACACACGCACCAGGAAGGGCGACAUGUAUUUUGCCACCACCGCAGUGGUUCUCUCGGAGGGGCUGAAGGUGUUGACCUCCCUGAUGAUCCUGGCCGCUCAGGAGGGGACGUUUAUCAAACUGAUGUGUUAUCUGCGGGACAAUAUAUGGCGGCAGCCCCUGGACUGUCUCAAAGUGUCUGUACCAGCCUUCAUCUACACGCUACAGAAUAACUUGUUGUACAUAGCACUCUCCAAUUUAGAUGCAGCAACAUUUCAGGUUUCAUAUCAACUAAAGAUCCUCACCACUGCCCUGUUCUCUGUGCUAAUGCUCAAGAAGAAGCUGAGUCCCCAGCAAUGGAGUGCUCUAGUGAUAUUGUUUGUUGGAGUGGCUCUGGUCCAGUUCAGACCAGAGGAUUCCAAAUCCUCCAAGACUGCAACCACCGACCAGAGACCCUCCGUGGGGUUAUUCGCUGUCAUUCUCUCAUGUUUCAUGUCGGGGUUUGCCGGUGUUUACUUUGAGAAAAUACUGAAGGGAACUAAACAGUCGCUCUGGCUGAGGAACGUUCAGUUGGGUAGUAUGAGUGUUAUAAUAGGACUAAUCACCAUGGAAAUCAAAGAUGGACCAAAGAUUCAGGAGCGGGGCUUCUUCUUUGGUUAUGAUUACGUAGUGUGGAUAGUGAUUGUAUUCCAGUCCCUCGGGGGCUUACUGGUGGCCGUCGUAGUCAAGUAUGCUGAUAACAUACUGAAAGGAUUCGCCACAUCAGCUGCCAUUGUUCUCUCAUGUAUAGCCUCUAUAUACUUAUUUGACUUUAAACUCUCUUUUCCUUUCACAACAGGUGCAUUUUUAGUGAUAAUCUCAGUCUAUAUUUAUAGUAAAUUUGUUCCCGAAAACAGUCUUCCACAAGUAAAUGUUGGGAAGGAGAAAUCACCUUCAAGAUUGAUGUAAAUCUAUGUUUAUGAAUGUUUCGAGGUAUCAUCUAAUUUAUUAUUUUCUGAUGAUGUCCAUCACAUGCAAUAAUUGUUGAAGAAUGCUAUGCUUUGGGAUACAUGUACUUAUUUGUCAUGAUUGUUUUGAUUGUUUUUUUGUUAAAAGAUAUUUAUGAUGAGAAGUUGAUUCACGCAUGAGACAACUUUGAGGGGUUUAGUUUAUUUAGGAUAAUUUCUAGCAAAAAGCGACUCUGUCUCAUUUUAGAGUGUAUCUUGAUACCUUCUAUUACUCAAGUUGUUGUCAGUAUUUCUUUAAUUAUAGUAUUUAAUAAUAUCUUUUUUAUCACAGUGUCUAGUUAAGAAGAGCAGGAAUAGCAAUGCAUUGGCUAUCUAAGAGUAUUGAAGCUUUACAAUGGGAAUAGUUUUCCCAGUUUGUCAAAAUUACUUUCAGUUAUAAAAACAAUGUUUUAAUACAUGAUAAUCUUUGAAAAGUAUGCCAUUAGAUAUUGGUGCAAUGUUACUGUAUACAGAGUUAUUUUUGCCUUGUGGUAUUUUUGCCCUUUUUCACUUGCAAACAUUUUCUGUCUUGAAUUCGCUCAAACAACGUUGUGAAUAUAAAGAAAGAUAGUUCGAGACAUAGGAGUUCACCCAGUCUUAAAAUUUGCCUGCUGACAACAAGGGGGAAAGAGGCGGCGAAAAUAAAAUGAGGGCGAAUAUUUCCCUGGAUACAGUACCUUGCAGUAAAAAGAGUUAACUGAGAUGUGAGAGAGAGUUUUGUGUUCUUUCCUUUGUCUUUUAGAAGCAUGGGGAUUAUUUAUGAUGAAAUGUAGGGGAAACGCUAGUAAACCAAUGUAGUUCAACUGUACAAGGCAUUAUUCCACUUAUACCAUUGUAUAAAUGUAGAUUCUGUAAAAUCAGUGGCUUCUGUGAAAUGCAUGUAGCAUUAUUGAAAUCACAAUCAUUUGACACACACUGCAAUAAUGGGCACGAUAGUGUCCAUUAUUAGUUUGUCUUCUCCAUUUGAAGGGAGGUAAGUUCUCAUACCUCACUGCUCAUUUAUUGUUGGUCCAAACCGGUCCAUUAUUCUGUAUCUAUAAAGCAAGAUGGUUCCAUGUGGUGUUGCACUUUCAUUAUACCAGUCUACACUAGCUUUAACGAUAGGUGUACUUCACAUUAUGUAUAGUGUAUGUUUUGUAAGAUCGCCAUGUCAGAAUUCCAUGGAGAAAACGAAAACUAUUGUUUAUGCAUAGAUUUGAUGCUAUAUUUGUUAUCCAGCUCCAUAGCAUUGUUUUAAGAGUACUUUGACUGUUCAAAUGUAAUUCACAGCUUUUUAUAAGUACUCUUUAUGCCUGUGAAGUACUAAUCUCAUGUUUUACCAAUUGAUUAUUUCAAUCUUAAAAGAAUUGUGCAUGUCAUAUUUUUAUGUCUUUUAUACAUGUUGAUAUAUAACAAGUUCAUGUUAAAAAAAAAGAUUCUGGUCAUCAAAUUUUAUUCUCUCAAAAAAUGUGCUGCAUAAUGAUCAUGUGUUCAAAACAUGGGACAGUUUAUAGUGUUGUGGUCAUCGAAUCUGUACAGUAGGAGAAUACAUUACUCAGAUCAUAUAUUUAAUUCACUAUGUAUUUUCUGAUAUAUUUCUUAAGCAAACCGAUUGUAAUUCACAGCGCUAUAGAAACUGACAGGGCUGAAAUCUACAUCUACAUAUCCUGCAAGAAUCGUCAAAGAAAGCAUUUUUGUUUAAAGUUCACAACUUGCAAGGUUAUUAUCAAAUGACCUAAUUAGUUGCAGGAGGAUAAGUACCAGCUUACCAAUGUGUACUGCCCAAGAAACAAAACUUAAGUUUGAGAUAACAUAUUACCACAUGAUUAAUAUCUGUUCCAAAUGUUUUCACAAUUUCUAAGUUUAUUGAAUUCUUCAAAGAAUGUGGGCGCUUAAGAUGUAGAUUCGGCAGGAAUCUGGGCGCAGAAGGAGAGUGAAAAUUUUAUCAAUUAAUUUUGAAUAUUUUUCGAAUUAUAACCGUUAUUUGGUUUCUAUUGGAUGUGGAAUGAGUGGAAAAAUAUUUGAAAUGCAAAAGGUUUUAUUAUAAUAUGGGUCUAAAUAUAGCAACACGAUGCAAUUCAUUCAAAAUCCUACUUAUUUACAACUGUUUUUAAAUGAUUUUGUUGUCUCUGGGUCUUCUCUCCACAAAUUUGAAACGUGUAAAGAUAACAUAUUUCAACAUUAAAAAUGUCGCUUUUUAAAAAAAGAUGGAGAGAUGACCCAGAGAUGACUAAUUAUGUACUUUUUCAAAUUAUUUUUUGAAGGAUAAAUACUAAGUCCAUUGAUAUGACAGUGUUGUUUCAAACAGUACUUUAUAGAGCAUAUAUCAUGUAUAUUGACAAGUCUCGCAUGGCUUAGUGGUUUCGUCCUGGAUUAGUGAAUACAGACAUUCAGUGUUUUGGGUUCAAAUCCACCUGGUGGUCUUUUAAAAAAAAAUAAACUUUUUUGUUUUAAAUGUUUGUUAUUAUAACAUGAUGUUGAAUUAUAAUAUACCUGUAUAUUUUAAUUUGUUGUUAUUGAUUUCUAGAUCUGCUGUAUGAACACUAUAAAAACAUUAUUUUCUUAUUACUAGUUUUUUAGGAUAUACACAAUAUAACUGCAUUAACAUUUCCAACUAGUUAUCGGUUUACCUCUCAUUGCCAUUUUUUGAAAGCUUUGUGAGUUUUUUAAUAACCGGAAUAGCCAUGUACUUCGGCUCUCAACAUAAUCAUAUUUUUGUUGAAACCUGUACAUAGCCUUUCGAGGUUAUAGACAUUUAAAUCCCAAUUGAUUCGUGUCGAGGAUUCCUGCAAACUUACAAUCUUGUGCGCUCACUUUCUUUUUUUUUAAUAAGAAAUAAAACCAUUAUACAAAUCAUGGACUCACAAUGAAUUUCCAAAUUUUUGGCCUGCAUUUCAGACCCCCUUAUGGAGCAUUAGAAUGUUGACGGUAACACAAAUGUUUGCAAUGCUAUUUAUAAAUCUGUCAAGUUUGCAUAUAAAGCUCUUUUAAACACAGAAACAUGAUACACUUACAGAAUAAAAAAUAAAUUUUUAGAAAUUUUACAAAAUCAUUGAAAUAAAACAGAUUAAAUAAACAAGAUUUUAAAUGAGGACACUUUUUCAUGAGGUUCAGAUAUAUUGAAUCAGUAUAAAAGGGUAAAAAAAAAAAACAAAAAAAAUUAAAAUUCUAUUUCACUAAAUAUAAUUAAAUCACAGAUAGAUUUUAAAAAAGUAAAGAGUUUGUAAAAUGUAGGUUGGAAUGUGUAUAAACUGUCUACAUUUAAAAAUAUUCAAAUACAAAAGGGGAAAAGCAAUUAGUUUUAAAUACUUUCCUCCGAUAAAUCAUCGGAGUAUGAAUCGGGUGUAUAUU